AUACUUUAUAGUGAAAACUGCAAAGGAUUUUUGAUAAUAUAAAUCGGUAUGCUGUGUCCUGAAGCUUAUCUAGUGCAAAACGAGACAGUUCCUAAAGAAGACGAUGAAACGUGCAUGAAGAAAAGUAAAAAAAUACCAGCUGAAGGUACAGGAAGCUUAGAAUUAAACUCUUAUAAACAUCCCAAAACUUGGAAGAAAUCUAUAUCUAAUUUCUUCCGCAAUCAACUUCGCCCAACUAAAUCCAACGACAGAGUUAUGAGCUAUUGA